CUCUGUCCGUCCUCUCGUGCGAGAUCGUGUACCUUUAAGAGGUAAACCUAUAUACAUUGUGAUCCUGGGACCCUCAUCACACCUGAUGGUCCGCUGAUCCCGCGACAAUGGCCGACGAAAUGGAGACGUUCGCUGCCCGCCUUGCCAGCUUCGAUCUGGUAUUGCACCCAGAGAAACGAAGAACAUCGAGCGCAAAGGCCGUUAAACCUAUUGCUUGGCCUCACCGCAGGCCAUCGCCCGCUGAGUUGGCGCAUGCGGGCUUCUACUACAAUCCCUACGAAACGAACCCAGAUAACACAACAUGCUUUCUGUGUCACAGAGCGCUCGACGGAUGGGAGGAAGAAGACAACCCAAUAACUGAGCAUCUUAAGCACGCGAAUGAUUGCGGCUGGGCCGUGAUGAUGGAUAUCCAACAACACAGCUCAAACCCCGCUGAGAUAGAGGAUCCCACAAGUGACAAGAUAAGAGAGGCGAGACUAGCCACCUUUGGCACUUCAUGGCCGCAUGAUGGGAAACGCGGCUGGGUGUGUCAGUCGGAAAAGAUGGUCGACGGAGGGUGGUAUUUUUGCCCUACUGAAGAGAGCAAUGACCUAGCAAGCUGUGCAUACUGCAAGUUGUCCCUCGAUGGGUGGGAACCCAAGGACGAUCCCUUUGAUGAACAUUACCGUCGUUCCGCGGACUGCUCGUUCUUCGUCUUUGCUCAGCCCCCGGGUAAGAAAGGCAAAGGCCCACGUUCGAAAAAAGGACGUACCUCCAAGGCGUCUCGUCUUUCAACCCAAUCAACUGCUUCGGAAGUUAUCUCGGAAAUUGAAGAUCCCAUGGACCAGAGUACUAUCUCGCAGCCAGCUACCAAGGCAAAAGCAACCAAAAAGUCAUCCAAACCAAAGUCAAAGAAUGUGAAGUCUAAAGUGGAAGAGGCGGCGGAGACCGACAGCCAGAUGGAUAUUGAUACAGCCGACUAUAGCCAGCCCGAGCCCCCCAAAACAAAACGAACCACUCGUGGAAAGAAGAGGACAAGCGACCAAGUAGAAAGGGAAGAAGUCAAUGUAAUUGGCACGGAGAAUUUUGAGGAAGCCGAACCACCCACUAAAAAGCGGGCCAUAAAGUCGCGAAACAGCACUCAACACGACGGCAAUCAAAACGAAGAAGUCGUCGUGGACACACAGCCGGAAGAGAGCAUCCCAGAAGACGAGCCCAAAACUGGUCGCGGAACCACGAAGAAGAAAGCAUCCUCAAAGAGCCGGAAAGCCUCUAGCGGCUCAUCCACGUCUAAAACCGCUUCAAAAUCUCGCCUACCUAAUGACGACGAGCUUGACGCAGCACUUGUGGCCGAUCUAGAACAGCCUGAAACUGAAGAGCAAAGCCUGCCGGUUGUACAGAAGCCAUCGAAAAAGUCUAAGUCCAAGAAGAAGCAGAAGACAACGCCAGAGCCGCAGGAGGUGGUCGACCAUGUCGGGGAGGAAGAGACCCAGACAGGCAAAGAAUUGCCUGAAGAACCCGAAGAGUCUGGGCCUAGGCCAGCAGCCCAAGAGGAUAAGCCGGACCAUGUCAACCCCACGCGCAACUCAAGGGGCUCUAACAUCCGCGAGCCAGAGACGGACCUUGGCACAGAGAAAGCAACGAAGACACGGAAGCGGUCAGGAGCAGCCGAAACGUCAAAGGAUGACAUAGAUGCUAGGGUUCACGAGUCGUUUGUUUCAGUGGAGAUCCCAGCUAGAGUUCCUACUCCUGUAAAGCAGCCCAAAGGGGAACCCAACGACAAGGAUCUCAAGAAGAAGACUAAGCAGAGGUCUUCCACGGAGAAGGCCAAGAAAUCGAAGAAAACGAGCAAAGCAGAGGCUCUUGAGCGCGAAGAAACCCCUACUCAGCAAGAUAUGGAUCCCAAACACAGCCCCGAGGUCUCUUCAGCCGAUCAUGACCUUUCCGAGCAGAAGAGACCACAAGAGCCGCAAGAACAAGAGGCUGAGCAACCUUCCACACGGCGCAGAUCAUCAAGAGUGCCCCCAAAGACGGCGGAGAGAUAUAGCGAUAUCCCCGAGGAAAAACAGUUUGCUAGGACACUUGCAGGAUCGCGGGGCUCAGAUAACCAUAGAAUGUCAGACUCGGCUGACCAAGGCAAUAUGUCGCCUCUUCCUGCUUCGAAGAGCACACCGUCCCUUUCGCCGCAGUCUUCCGAUGCUGAGAACCAGCCACCAUCUCUGAAGCCCUCUGCAACGCGGACCCUGGUAGGAUCACCAUCCAAACAACAGACAGUUCGAAUUCCACUAGCGCCCAACACCCCUUCGCCGUCGAAGCGUAGUGCCAAUGCCGGGGGCCUGCACACGACCCACCCGUGGAACCCUAUCGAUAUUGAUGAGAUUCUCCUUGCUGGAACCAGUGACAAAGAGAACGUUGAUUUAAGUUCGGCACUGAAGGACGUGAAGGGCGAUCUGACAAGCCCGGAGAAAAAGAUGUCUGUUGAAGAAUGGAUCAAAUGGCAAGCCAAGAACGGGGAGGAGAAAUUGAGGCAAGAAUGCGAGAGGCUAGUCGGGCAAUUCGAGAGGGAGGGCGCCCGUGCAAUGCGAGUACUGGAGGGAAUUGAAUGCAUUGAUUGA